AAACAAGACGUAGGAGCUAUUUCCUGUGUGCGAUCAUUUCUCGCAGUAGUCUUUGGUUGAUUGUGUGUAUUUAGUAUUGUUUGCCGUUUCGUGGUUUGUGAGAAGCACAUCAGUUUUGCUAACAUGACGCAGCUUAGGCGUGUUUGCAGCGGGGACCUCUGACUAGCAGCGAUGUCCGUUUAGUCGAGAGCAAAAUGUCCAGCUCGGACACCGACCCAACGGACCGCUCUCCGGAAGCAGAGUCCAGCCAAGGUGAUGCCGAAGGCUCGACCUCGGCUGCGACGCAGACAGAGGAGAAAACACCGGGCGUGCGCCAGAAGCUGCGGACCCUGACAUUUGGCCGUCGCCGCAAGAACGCAUCCGGCUCGUCGUCCUCAGCGGGCCCAUCUAAGGAGCAGCCGUCCCGCGAAUGCAAGCCGAGGAAAGGCGGCAGCAGCUGGGGUUUCAAGCUUGGAUGCAGAUCGCGCCGCACGUCGUCGGCAGCGGAUCCCGUUGCGAGUGAUCACCCUACGGGCUGCCCGAUAUGCAUAUGCACCGGUUACCGUCGCACCGAGGAGCGCAGCGUCGAUCCCGAUGCCAGCGUGAGGGUCACACCGCCGCGCAGUCACGGCAAGUUUGCCUGCGGCUCGGACGGCAAGUAUCGGGGCGACGACUACCAGGUGGACGACUGGGACGAGCGAGCUCGCAAGGAGCGGGCCCGCGAGAUCGAAGAAGGCGUCGACCCGCCUCCGGGAUUCCGUAGCGACGGGCGGCCGUCAACGUCCUCCUCCUCUUCCUCCGAAGAACAGCCGAGGGCUCAAGUGCCUUCGCCCCAACCUCUGCAACCGCAGCUUCCGGAGCUCGCGCUCGCGCUGCGCAACCAGCUGAGCUUUUCCAACGGUCCCGAGAGCCUGUCCGUGCCGUGGGAGGUUCUGAGCCAGAUAUGGGACGUGGCCCCGCAAGUGCACACCCAGGUGGACUACAUGCACUGCCUGGUGCCCGACCUGCUGGGUAUCACCUCGUGCGGCUUCUACUGGGGCAAGAUGGACCGGUACGAGGCCGAACGGCUUCUCGAGAACAAGCCCGAGGGCACCUUUCUGCUCAGGGACUCCGCGCAGGAGGAGUACCUCUUCUCGGUGAGCUUUCGACGGUACGGCCGCUCGCUGCACGCGCGCGUCGAGCAGUGGAACCACAGGUUCAGUUUUGACUCUCACGACCCGGGGGUGUUCUCGUCACGCACCGUGUGUGGCCUGGUGGAGCACUACAAGGAUCCGUCGUGCUGCAUGUACUUUGAGCCCAUGCUCACCCGUCCUCUGCACCGAACUUUUGUGUUCCCGCUGCAGCACCUGGCCCGUGCGGUCAUCUGCUCGUGCAUCGCCUACGACGGUGCCGCCAAGCUGCCACUGCCCCGGAGCCUCAAGAGCUACCUGCGGGAGUACCACUACAAGCAGAGGGUCCGAGUGCGCCAGAUCGAGGACGGCGGCACCACAGUCCAGAUGGGAGAAGAGCUGCUGGCACAAGGCGACAUUGAGAAUGGUGUGGAGCAUCUGAGCAGUGCAGUGGCCGUCUGCGGCCAGCCCCAGCAGCUGCUGCAGGUGCUGCAGCAGACUCUGCCUCCCCAGGUGUUCCACUUGCUCCUGCAGCGCCUGCCUGUUGUCUCGCAGCGCCUGGCAGACAGUGCCGGAGGCCCCCCGCUGGUUGAAGACGACGUUGAGUAAGCAGCGCCAGCACCUCAAGGCCACACCUGUUGCCAACCGGCCGCUCGCGUUCACCACUAAUCAGAGGAGCCCCCACCAAACUUGGCAGUCAAGAUGCUUGGUUCAGGCAUCUCCCUUGCUGCUGAUUUUUACUGUCGUUUGGGAACCAUUUUGUAGUUCAUUUUGUUUUUUUGUUGUUCCUUAAAUCUCACUGCUUCCCGAAGAACAUAAACGAAAAUUAUGGCAUUAACGAUAGGCAAUAAAACUACCUGCCUUAUAAAGCUUCUGCCAGCUGUUAUCAAAAUUUGAAAAUUGUAGGUGAAAGUCAUGUAAGCAUUCACUGAUCAUACCACAUGUCGCAUACUGCUUGGCAGAAGAUGCCCUUUGCUGUCGACGCAGCAUAUCAGUUUGCAUGGCCAUGCGAUUAAGAGAUUCUUGCGUGUGUUGCCGAAAGCUUGUGCAUAUGAGAAAUUUGUUGCCGGAGAUCAUUGGCCUGAAAGGCACUAUUGUAAAGAUUUCUGCCAUGUCAGCGAGAGAGAUGCCAUAUUUUUCUUUAGAAAGACUAGUUUCAAAUUUUGCUCAAUCUAUAAAGCUAUGUCAAAAACUAAGUUUGUCUCCGAGGCUGCGAUGUGUGUCUUGUCAGGUUGUGCUUGCAGAUUAUUUUCUCGGGAACUUCGUAAUGCACUGUUUUUCCUCGGUAUGUGUAUGCACGCUAAGCUGUUACGUUAGUUUCUGUAACCAAGUGGGGCAGAGCAUUAUUUUUGUUUGCCCCUCCGACUGUGUUAGAUAAUUGUUGUUGGAAAGAAACGUAUGUGAAAUGUUACCAUAACAAGUGUUGCAAGCAGCCAGCGUAGAUACAAGAGGGCCUAAUGCUUGUCAAGGUCUCGUGUAGAACCUGAAGAAGCUUAUUUACUUUCGGCCACUCUGAAGCAGUUUGGCGAGACUUUUACGUAUUAUACCCUGGUUGCAUGGGUCACUUUUGAUCCUGAUCAGGCUUAAUCGCAGUUGAAAGUGCCCCCUGUGAGAGGGGUAUAAGCAUCCUAGCAUUAUGAGGAAGUGUCACGUUGAAAAGCACCAUUGUUUGCUGAUUAGUCGUUCAAUGAGGCAACAACCACGUGUACUGAUGAGGUAGCAACUGUCCUUCUGGCCUAUGAGCACCGGCAAUAUGUACUUGACUAGACAGUGUUCACUCUUGUGAAAACUUGAGUUUCACCUACUACAUAUUAUGCAAGGAACUACUCUACACUUAACUGGACUGUCUUGCAGCAUUGGGAAACAUAGCAGCGAUGGCCGUGAUUGAUGGUGUAAUCCUGACAAGAUGGAGUCUGUAGGUAUGGCUUGAUCAUCUUCGGCUCUUUCUUGUGGCAUCUCUGGGUUAAUGAAUUUACCUGUUGUGUGAAAUUUGCCAGGUGAAAGUUGUAAAGAAAGCCUGUCUGGAGACCUGACCCUUUGCUUGUUAUUAGUAUCGCCAAGAUACCAUCACCGAGACCCAAGAGCACCUACGCUCCUGAGUCAUUCACACCUCUGUUCUGCUGUAAUAGCCUUUCUACUAGCUCUUUUCUGUGCACUGAAUUCACUACACAUUUGCUCAUAUGUGGAACAGUGCUAGUAAACUGAAUGUAGAUCUCAGGCAUGCAACACGAGACAAGGCUUAACACAAGUUCCAACUUGUGUUCUGUGCUUCCCAUCCAGCCGUUUUUCUUUCCCUUUCGCAUUAUAAAUCUGUGAACAUGUUGUACAAGCAAGGCCAGAUCUCUAUAUUUAUCAGACCAAAAUAUUUUCAAGACAGUGGUUGCUACCAAAUAAAACUAGAUCCAACUUUU